AUGGCACCUCAUGGCAAAGAACUUUUGACGGAUGUAGAACUAAAGAGGCUGAGAGAUGCUUUCAAACGAACCUGUGGUGGCCCUUCAUAUUACAUGAGUCAGCAGUGCUUCAUCAGGGAAGUGUUAGGAGAUGUUCCUCCAAAAGUAGCAGAGGUCAUUUACUGCUCUUUUGGUGGGACCUCAAAAGGAUUACACUUCAAUAACUUGAUAGUGGGACUUGUUCUUCUAACAAGAGGUCGCGAUGAAGAGAAGGCUAAGUAUAUUUUUAGCCUCUUUUCCAAUGAGUCUGGUAGCUGUGUUGUUCGAGAGGAUAUGGAGAGUAUGCUCUCUGUUGUAGAUGGAGAAGUCCCAUUGUCCCUGAAAAAAUGCUUUGCUGAGGGUGAAAAAGUGAACUACGAAAAAUUUAGAAACUGGUUACUUCAAAAUAAAGAUGCUUUUACCUUUUCUCGCUGGUUGUUGUCUGGAGGGGUCUUUGUAACGCUCACUGAUGACAGUGACACUCCUACUUUCUAUCAGACUUUGGCUGGGGUCACACACUUGGAAGAGUCUGACAUCAUUGACCUGGAGAAAAGAUAUUGGCUAUUAAAGGCUCAGUCGAGGACAGGACGCUUUGACCUGGAAACAUUUGUCCCUUUGAUUUCCCCACCAAUUCAUCAGUCAUUGAGUGAAGGGUUGUUUAAUGCAUUUGAUGAAAACCGUGACAACCACAUAGACUUCAAGGAAAUAUCGUGUGGUUUAUCUGCUUGCUGCAGGGGACCCCUAGCUGAGAGACAAAAAUUUUGUUUCAAGGUGUUUGACAUAGACCGUGAUGGUGUUUUGUCUCGUAAUGAACUGGAAGAGAUGGUUCUUGCACUACUAGAGGUCUGGAAAGAUAACCGCACUGAUGCCAUACCUGAAUUACACUUGAAUCUUUCUGACAUCAUAGACAAUAUAUUAAAAACUCAUGACACAACCAAGAAUGGGCAUCUCACCCUGGAAGAUUACCAGAUAUGGAGUGUUAAAAGUGCUCUUGCCAAUGAGUUUUUAAAUCUUCUGUUCCAGGUUUGCCACAUAGUUUUGGGUUUACGACCAGCCACUCCAGAAGAAGAAGGGCAGAUCAUUAGGGGAUGGUUGGAAAGAGAGAGUCGGCAUGGCCUUCAAUUUGGGCACAAUUGGUUUCUCAUAUCUAUGCAGUGGUGGCAGCAGUGGAAAGAAUAUGUCAAAUAUGAAUCUAAACCUGUCGUUAUUGAACCAUCUUCAUUGUUAAAUGGCAGCCAGUACUCACUUGGGGCAGCCUCAUUGGAUCAGAGGGAAGAUGACAGGACUGGCACUAAUGUACAUAGCACUACAGAAGAAAAAUCUUCCGAUAACAUAUCUUCUGCAUCGGAAGCUUCGGAGUCAACAUCCAGCACUUUCCUUUACUCCAGCACGGCAGGGGCAGACAUGUGCUUUGCACGCCAGCACAACACUUCAGAUAACAAUAACCUGAGUAUGAGUGGUUCCAAUGGUAGCAUAUUAAUGCAGCUUAAUCCGCAGAAACCGGGGGCUAUCGACAACCAACCACUAGUCACACAAGAGAAUGUAAAGGUACCCUCGCUAACACUGGAAGGAGGACGCUUAAAACAAAGUCCUUCUCUGCUUCGUGGAAAAGAUUAUGAAAUAGUUCCAGAGCCAGUGUGGAGAGCACUUUAUCACUGGUAUGGAGCCAACUUGUCCUUACCUCGACCGGUCAUCAGAAACAGCAAAACAAACCAUCCAGAACUGGAACUCUUUCCACGCUAUCUACUUUUCCUGAGACAGCAGCCUGUGACUCGCCAACAGCAGUCUAACAUCUGGGUGAAUAUGGGUAUGAUGAGCCUGAGAAUGUUUCCUCAGCAUUUACCCAGAGGAAAUGUGCCAUCUCCAAAUGCACCUUUGAAAAGAGUUUUAGCAUAUACCGGGUGCUUCAGCCGAAUGCAGACGAUAAAAGAAAUCCAUGAAUAUCUUUCUCAGCGUUUACGCAUAAAAGAAGAAGAUAUGCGUUUGUGGUUAUAUAAUAGUGAGAAUUAUCUAACCCUGUUAGAUGAUGAAGACCACAAAUUGGAAUAUCUCAAAAUUCAGGAUGAGCAGCACUUGGUAAUAGAAGUUCGGAACAAAGAUAUGAGUUGGCCAGAAGAAAUGUCAUUCAUUGCAAACAGCAGUAAAAUUGAUAGGCAUAAAGUUCCCACUGAAAAGGGAGCAACAGGACUCAGUAAUUUGGGGAACACUUGCUUUAUGAACUCCAGUAUCCAGUGUGUCAGCAACACUCAGCCUCUCUCAAAGUAUUUCAUCUCAGGGAGACAUCUGUAUGAGCUAAACAGAACAAAUCCCAUAGGAAUGAAAGGACACAUGGCAAAGUGCUAUGGAGAUUUGGUUCAAGAGCUGUGGAGUGGUACGCAAAAGAAUGUGGCUCCUUUAAAACUAAGGUGGACAAUAGCAAAGUAUGCCCCUCGGUUCAAUGGCUUUCAGCAGCAGGACUCCCAAGAGCUGCUUGCAUUUCUUCUAGAUGGCCUCCAUGAAGAUCUUAAUAGAGUACAUGAGAAGCCGUAUGUUGAGCUCAAGGACAGUGAUGGACGACCAGACUGGGAAGUUGCGGCUGAGGCUUGGGACAAUCACUUGAGGAGGAACCGGUCGAUAGUUGUGGACUUGUUUCAUGGACAGUUGAGAUCUCAAGUGAAAUGUAAAACCUGUGGGCAUGUCAGUGUCCGAUUCGACCCAUUUAACUUUCUCUCCCUGCCUCUGCCCAUGGACAGUUACAUGCAUUUGGAAAUCACAGUUAUUAAAUUAGAUGGCACAACACCUGUACGGUAUGGGCUAAGGCUGAACAUGGAUGAGAAGUACACAGGCCUGAAGAAACAGUUGAGUGAGCUAUGUGGUUUGAAGCCUGAACAGAUCCUUCUUGCAGAAGUGCAUGGAUCUAACAUUAAGAACUUUCCUCAGGAUAACCAGAAAGUACGGCUGUCAGUGAGUGGUUUUCUCUGUGCUUUUGAGAUACCGAUUCCUGGAUCUCCUACAUCAGCCACAAGCCCCACACAACAAGAUUCCAGCACAGUGCCAUCAUCCAAUGGACCACAGAGUUUCAUGCCAAAUGGAGGACUGAGUCGGCCACCAGUAAUCCCCAAUGGGAUGCCAAAUACUGUAGUGCCAUGUGGGACAGAGAAUACUGUGGGGAAUGGGGUACUCAAUGGGCAUAUCUCUGUCCACCCAGAUGGCCCUUUUAUAGGCUAUAUCAUUGCUAUUCAUCGAAAAAUGAUGAGAACAGAGCUGUAUUUUCUAUCAUCUCAAAAAAAUCGUCCAAGCCUAUUUGGGAUGCCUCUAAUAGUUCCAUGCACUGUACAUACCAGGAAGAAAGAUUUGUAUGAUGCAGUAUGGAUCCAGGUCUCCAGACUUGCAAGUCCUCUUCCACCACAAGAAGCAAGUAACCAUGCACAAGACUGCGAUGACAGUAUGGGAUAUCAGUAUCCGUUCACGCUCAGAGUGGUGCAAAAAGAUGGGAAUUCCUGUGCGUCAUGCCCAUGGUACAGGUUUUGCAGGGGAUGUAAAAUUGACUGUACGGAAGACCGUGCCUACAUUGGUAAUGCUUACAUUGCUGUAGAUUGGGAUCCCACAGCUCUGCAUCUUCGUUAUCAGACAUCACAAGAAAGGAUUGUGGAAGAGCAUGAGAGCGUUGAACAGAGCCGUAGAGCGCAAGCAGAGCCCAUUAACCUUGAUAGUUGUCUCCGCGCCUUCACCACAGAGGAGGAGCUGGGAGAGGAUGAAAUGUAUUAUUGUUCCAAAUGUAAAACCCAUUGUUUAGCUACAAAGAAACUUGACCUGUGGAGGCUCCCUCCAAUUCUGAUUAUCCACUUAAAGAGGUUCCAGUUUGUGAAUGGUCGAUGGAUAAAGUCUCAAAAAAUUGUCAAAUUUCCCCGUGAGAAGUUUGACCCGAGUGCCUUUUUGGUACCUCGAGGGCCAGUACAGUACCUGAAAAGGAAACCAGGACUUAAGUGCAAUGAUCAAGCAGAAAGCCGCUCAACGCAGGGAGACCUGAAGAAACAUGAACUGGCAAACCUUAGUCCUGCUGGAGAUGGGGAUGCACUUGGGAAAAUUCAGCCUGUAAUCAGUUCUUCCACUGCAAAUAGUAAAGCAUCUCCGUUACAAGGAAGGAAAGCUGCUACAAACUCUUCUAGUAAAAACAACAGUCCCAACAAUAGCCCAAGAACUUUGGGAAGGGGCAAAGGCCGUCUUCGUUUACCUCAGCUUGGAGGCAAAAAACUCUCAAGCAGUAAAGAAAACUUGGAUCAAAGCAAGGACAAUGGCUCAGAUAAUGAAACAAGAGAGACUUUGGAUCAGGUAGAUUCUAGUAAAGGACAUAUUUUAGGUGGAAGUCAAACUGAGUUAGCUGCAACUCAGGAUUCUCAGGUGGUUUUAACCAAUGGACUGACCCAUGAGCAGAACAUGUGUACCAGUCAGCUUGAUAACCACAUAGGGGAAGAAGAGGAUGUCACUGUUGACCAAAGAGAAGACAACUGUUGUCAGCCUAUCUAUAACCUUUAUGCCAUUUCGUGCCAUUCAGGAAUAAUGGGUGGAGGUCAUUAUGUUACUUAUGCCAAAAAUCCAAAUGAAAAAUGGUACUGCUACAAUGACAGCAGUUGUAAGGAGCUACACCCUGAUGAAAUCGAUACAGACUCUGCCUACAUCCUGUUCUAUGAGCAGCAAGGGGUGGACUAUGCACAAUUUCUGCCAAAGAUUGACGGGAAGAAAAUGGCAGACACUAGCAGUAUGGAUGAAGACUUUGAAUCUGAUUAUAAAAAGUAUUGUGUGCUGCAGUAA